AGCUGUUUGGAGUCGUGGAGCCCCUCCUGCCCACCCUGAAGGAGAUGGGCGUGGGGGUCUGGGUGAUGGGGAAGGGGCCGUACCCCCCGGGGGUCGUCAGCCUGCAGGAUCUCCUGGAAGAGGCCUCCGAGGAGCCCCUCCCCUACGAGCUCUCCACCCCCCGACACCUGAUGGACACCUGUCUCUACAUCUUCACCUCCGGCACCACAGGCCUCCCCAAGGCUGCCAAGGUCAGCCACCUGAAAACCAUCCUCUGCCUGGGAUUUUACAAGCUGGUGGGAGCCUCCAGCUCCGAUGUCAUCUAUCUGACCCUCCCUUUGUAUCACAUGUCUGGCAGCCUUUUGGGCAUCCUGGGCACGUUUGGGCUGGUCAAGGACUCGCUGUGCUCUCGCCUAGGACAUGACGGCCGGGCGGGAAUGGCCACUUUGGUGCUACAGCCGGACGCCGACUUCGACGGCCCUCAAAUCUACCAGCACGUAGCCGAGCUGCUUCCUCCGUACGCCUGGCCUCGCUUCCUGCGUCUCCAGGAGCAGCUGGAAAUGACGGAGACCUUCAAGCAGAAACGGUUCCGCCUCGUGGAGGAAGGAUUUGACCCCAGCCGGAUCACGGAUCCUCUUUUCGUCCUGGACGUUACGGCGAGGACCUACGUCCCUCUCACUUUGGACCUCUGGAGGAAGAUCGCCGCGGGAGAGCUGCGCCUAAAAAAGGGCUCUUUUGCUGAGAUAGGCCGCCGUAGAAAUGAAAUACAUUCAAUUUCCAUCGUUCGAUGCCUGGGAAAACCCCAUUUACGGCGAGAUGCCCGUGAAUUCGCAGAACGGACGUCGCCAUCGGAUUCGGAGCCCUUCGGAACGGUUGUGGGGUGUGUGUGUGUGUUCAAACCUUCCCUUUCAUCAACGGACUGAUUUUAUGACAUUUUUUUUGUGUGGCUGUUGUUAAAUGGACUUUGCCGUCACUAAGUGAGGCUUGGUCCAAAAGGGGAGCCAGAAACUGGAACUUAAACCUUGGUUUCUGGUGAAAAGGAAAUAAGAAGUCAAAUCGGGAGGCUGUAAAUGAGGGGCCGGAGGGGGUUCCUAGGUUUGAAACGGGAUCGUAACUUGGGAUGUUAAGCGGGCCGGUCGUAAUUCGAGGUCUGCCUGGAUUCUUUCCCGUGAAUCCUUACCUUCAUUCUCACACAACGACGAGAAAGUGUCUUGACUUGUAACGCUCCUGAUUUUUUUUACGAUUUGGGGCUGGAUUCUCCCGUUUCUUCUAAUUUUUUUUCCCUAACCCCUCGUCGUUCCUUGAACCCAGGAUAUAAACACCCUAGUCGAUCAGAAAAGUCAGCAGUUCGGCGGUUCGAAUCCCGAG